AUGCCGCCUCGCCAAUCUCUCACUAGCUCCUUCUCCGUCCAAGACGUCAACAACGAGGUCGUCUGCCCGCUGCGAAACCAGGAUGGCACACCAUGUCGAAAGCGAUGUCUCGGGGAGAAGCGGUAUCGCUCCAUGCAGGAGCACAUCCGCCGUGCCCACCCCGAGUACUACCUCCCCAAACUACCGGCGACGAAGGAAAGCUUCGAGCUCAUGAUCAACACCCCUCCGCACGACCCUCCCGCCAUCGAUCCCAACCACGCCAACCAGAAUCGCUCCCACAACGCUCAGCAACACCAACGGCACUCCUCGCAACAACAUGCCCAACCCCAACCACAACACAUACAGCACUCUGAUCCGUCAGGUCUGUCACCUGCGUUCGGUCUAGACCACGGGUUGAACUCAUCCUUCGAAGGAUACCAUGCCUUUGGCCAACAUGAUGGCGGAUACUACACUGCUGGCGAUGCCGAGGCCGCCGUCAUCUACCAGAGCAUGCACGCCCCGCCGCGCGACGAGUAUCGCCGCGGCUCCCUCAUCCCCGCGGCAUCCGCCGCCGCGGCACUGGCACAGCUGCACUAUCACCGACCCGACUCGGAUUGGGCCGGGGAUAACAUGGGACAGGUACUAUUUCCAUCCCUUCAGAUGUCCCCGACAAACACUGAAGCGGAUUUCCUUCAGAACUUCUACGCCGACCAAAGCCACGACCUGAAGCCCCAUCAUCCCUUCAGCGUCGAUCCCACCCUCGAAGACCAUGAGCAUGGCUUCCUGGGCGACCCUCACCCCACCUUCCCCGUCUCCUCCAGCCCCGACCAGCCCAGUUUGAUGCCCAGUAGUAUAGCGCGAUCGCCCACAGAUAGACCUGCCACCCUGCCCCCGUUGCAGAGAAGCCUCCCGCGGCAACAUAAUCGCCCGCGGAAGAGCAGUCUGAGCCAGCAGGCACGCAUGUCGAAGCACGAGCGGAAGCGAUCGAAAGAGCUCGCGCGGAGACACAGCGGUGGCGCGCGGAUGCCGGAGUCGAGUGCCAGCGUGACGUUUGGCAAGCGGUGGGAGGAUCUGAUUGAUGCCGCGGCCAGCGCUACGGAAGAGGAGGACUCUCGCGACCUGACACCUAUCCCGGCAUCACCCUUUCAAUCCCCACAAGUGCCCUCCCGGACAUCGCUCCCGCCGUUCGCCCUCGGCUCGCAGUUCCAAUCCUACCAGGCCUCCCCUCUCAACCGCGCUCUCACCCCACCGCCUCCCGACUCGGGUCUUGACCUGCAACCCUUCCCGUCGGUAGAGAGCAGCCUCUCGUCCAACAUCUCCCACGCACAUCACAACUCCACCGCCUCGACCGGCUCGCAGUUCCACAUCAUGGACCCCAACUCUCUCACCUCGCCAUCCGAAAGCUCGCCGCUCUUCAACCCCGCCCACCCGGCUGCCACUGCCCUGACACCUGCACAGCAGCAAGUACAACAGCAGCAGCAACAACAGCAGCAGCAAUCACAGCCCACCGGCCCCGUACAAAUCUACUGCGCGGGCUGCCGGAAACUGGGCGCGCUGAAGGACUCAUAUGCUUGUACCAGCUGCAUCUGCGGCGUGUGCCUGGAGUGUGCGCAGGCCAUCACGGACGGGCAGAGUCGGGGGCGGAUGAGCAUGUGUCCCCGGUGCAAUGCGAUGGAUUCGGCGUUUCGGCAGUUUCAGUUGGACUUUAGAUGA